AACAAUUCUCUCACAGAAAAAUUAGUUGGUUUUUCCGCAUUCGCAUUCUCUUCUGGCUGAUCAAGACAAGAUCAAGGCCUUUGUGAUGUUUGUUCUACCACAAAUCGCACACUUAUUGGAUUAAAUCAGCAACGGAAUAAAAAACAAACGAGUGAAAAUUUUAAUAUUCUAUUGACUUGAAGUGUACGAAAAUGUUUUCUUAUUGGGGUAAGAAAACGAAUAAGAAUGUUGAAAAGAACACUGUGGAAGCGGAUGAUGACUCAUUUGUUGGAUCGUAUCAAUCGGAUCAAAGAUCGCAAAAUCUAAUACAGAAUGUUGGGGAUGUGAGAAACACAAAAUCAUUAUUGCCGUCAUCGGAGGAUCGAUUGCAGGAAUUCCAAGAGUUUUUAAGGCGUGUCCAAACACUGCAGAUGCCAUCAAUGGACACUGAUCGAGAGAUAAUCCCAAAUGCAGAGGGAGAUCAGCAGAGCAAUCCAUUGAUUGAGGUUGGUGUGGAGCCAUCUACUCUAAUGGAAUUCGAUGAGAUUAAUGCAUCGAUGAUAGAAAAAGAAGAGAAGCCAAUAAUCAAGAAACAAACAAUUAAUUCAAAUUCGAGUACUAAUAUUCGUGUUACCGUUGGCAUCGAUAAAGAUUUGGAGAUGAUCCUCGAAAUGGAUCCAAGCAUUGUAGACUUGGGUGAUAUUGCAGUGCGAGAAACUACAGACUAUACCCGCGUUGUGGGAUUGCCACCACUAACGGGUGGACCGACAUUUAAAACGGCGACGCCGACGUCUCGGACUCAGCUGAAGCUGCAGUUGCAACGCGAGCAGCAGCAGGAACAACAAAUGUUAAUGCAACAACAACAGCAGCAACAACAACAACAACAGUUGCUACAUUCACAGGAUCAGAGCAUGUUGAAUGCGUUCGGGAUGACAGAUCGCAAUGAAUCGGAGCUCAUUGAUGGCAAUGGAAAUGGGAAUAGCAGCAGCACCAGCGCCUGUGGCAGUGGGUCAUCCAGCUUGGAGCAAUCUCUGCAGUGUCAAAAGGAUCGAUUGCCAGUGACCAGUCCUAUGACCUUAAAGGUGCCCCUGCAGAGCAUUGGAGUCGAUGUGCCACCACAAGUGCUACAAGUCAGCACGGUUCUUGAGAAUCCAACGAGAUAUCAUGUCAUCCAAAAGCAAAAGAAUCAAGUCCGACAAUAUCUCAGCGAAUCGUUUAAGCCAUCUGCUUGGGGAUAUCAAAAUCAACAUCAAAAUCACAAUCAAAAUUUUGAUAAUAAAACUGCAAAUACCUCAGUAUCGACAGGAAAUCUACAAUGUUCCUCUAUAAUCAAUAGAAAUGUUCACACAGAGCGAGCAAAUAGUUUCGGAGGUGGAGCUGGAGCUGAUCUUACUUCGAAUAAUGGCAACUUUCGAAAAUCAAUGCACUCGGAUGAUUCGAUGCACUCGCCGUCUCCGUUUGGCGCCACCAGCAACGUCAAUUGCAACUCGAGUUUCUUUGGAAGCGCUAGCAUAGAUUAUCAGAGUGCCAGCUUAGGCGGAGGAGGAGCAGUCUCAAGCAAGCCCAAUUUAAAUGUUAACCGAAACAACAACAUGAUGAAUUCAAUGCGCAACUCAAAUUAUCCCGGUCCCAGCACAGCGAGUCCACUGCAAUCUACAUCUGCUCCAAUGUCGCCCAGUCUUAGCUCGGUAGCAACAAGUGCUUCAGAGCUCCCUUCAUUUGACAGCGAUGCAGACGAUCUCUUUGACGACAUUUUGCAGAACGAUUCAUUCAACUUUGAUAAGAAUUUUAGCUCGGAGCUGUCAAUUAAGCAGGAGCCACAAAAUUUAACAGACGCCGAAGUAAAUGCGUUAGCUAAGGAUCGACAGAAAAAGGAUAAUCACAAUAUGAUUGAGCGGCGACGUCGUUUCAACAUUAAUGACAGGAUCAAGGAGCUGGGCACCCUGCUGCCCAAAGGCAGUGAGGCCUUCUACGAGGUUGUGCGAGAUAUACGACCGAAUAAGGGCACUAUACUUAAAUCGUCCGUCGAUUACAUCAAGUGCCUAAAGCAUGAGGUCUCACGAUUACGGCAAAAUGAAAGCCGUCAACGACAAACGGAGCUUCAGAAUCGAAAGCUUACUUCUCGCAUUAGGGAAUUGGAAAUGCAGGCCAAAUCCCACGGCAUUCCACUGUCUGAUUACAAUCUCACAUCAGUAUCAGCGCCUACACCUUCUGCCAUCUCGUAUCUCAAGUGCUCCAGUUCCGGUUCCGGUUCCAGUCCAACACCGUCUGCCAGUCUGUCAGUGGCACAAAGUCGUCAUUCGGCUUCCGCUUCGGCUUCUCUAAUGGACGAUGUCAUUGAGGGCAAGCUUCCAUUGAUAAGUAGUGAUCCUGGCAUGGGCUUAAAUCAAAUCGACGAGCUCAUGGAAGACUGCAAGCACCCGGUGCAGGGAGGAGAUCCGAUGCUUUCCUCUCACAGUAGCCACUUGAUGACCGCAUCGCAUUCGCCCAACAAUAUUUCAACACAACUACAGUGCAAUGGUUUUGGAUCGAAAGGUGCUUCAGAGGGAAAUAUUUACUGUACGUCGACUGGAGGAGGUGAUGGCAAAGCCGUUGAUAACCACAAUAAUUGCUACGCAGAGUCCGAACAUUGUCAUCGAACGAGUCGGCAGCUUCACCACCAGCACCACAAUCACCAUUCACACCACAAUCAUCAUCACCAUCACGAUCACAGUGAGAGUGAACAGAACGGAGGAGCAUUUAGUAUGCUCAAUGAGUGUGAUGUUGUUGGUGGGCACGAUCCGUUACUUUCUUCAUCCCAACGAUCGCAUGGCAUGCAUAAUGAUGAUGAUGAUGAUCAGCAGCAUUCGGUGGAUUUGACCGCCGAAAUGAUAAAUGAUUCGUUAUCUUCCUUGGUGGAUGAUUCCCAUAGCGAGUCGAUGCUGUUGACGCCAGAGACUUUGGAUAUUGAUCACCUCUGAACACACACAGUAAACAUAUAACAACGAUCAGUUCAAAUUUCAAUUGAAGAAAUAGCUUAGUAUUAUCUCUUGCAUUGCAAAAUAUGCUUGAUUAACGUGUAAAUGAAAUGGAUAUAAGUAUUAUUGAAAACAAUGUCAUAAUAAGUAUAUCAUUUAUCAUUUAGUUAUGUUGUUUUAUCACAGGUGCUGCUGCUGUUGAUAAAUGUAUAGAUAAAUUAGAAUUAAUCAUACAAGUGCAUGUAUACAAAUUCAUUCCAAUGCUAUUCCAAAACUAUAGCUAAAUACAUUUUAUACAAAGACCUACAAAGAUGCACUUGUAUUUAGUGAAUUAAAUAUAUAUAUAUAUAUAUAUAUAUAUAUAUCAAAGUAUACAACAAUAUAAUUUUGUUUGCAAUAUUUAUGUGUAGUCACCUAAGUUACCUCUGUUCUCUAAUACAUCUUAAAUGUUUGGUUUACUACAUCGCAGCCAUAAAAACUGUUUACUUAUGUUUGUAUUUUAUUUUAUUAUUAUUAAUAUGAUUAUAUAAUUAUUGAUUUGUUUUAUCUUGACCGCUGCGACUUUUUUACUGUUUUGUUCGUAUGUGUAAUUGCAACUUGUUGAAUAAUAAAACAAAACCUAUGUUGACAUAUUUA